AUGAGUGAUUUAUUUUUACAAAAAGAACAAGAACUUCUUAAAUUAAAUGAAGAGUUAAAUGUGAAGACAAAGACAGUGCUGCAAAAGCAUCCCAUUAAAGGCACCAGAAAAAUGGCAGUUAAGAAAAAGGUUGAAGAACCCAAAAAGGUUUCCAAAGAAGUUCAGGCUUCGGCUAAAAAUCUUUCUGAGGAUGUUGAGAGUGAAUUUUCAUGCCCGGAAAUUCCAAUUAUGAAGAAAACAUCAGCAGAAGCAGUUCCUGAGCGAAUUUUAAAGAAGAAUGUGAGCUCUGAAGGAUUGAUAAAAUUCCUCAAAGCCAAGGUAUCGAUCCUUCAGGAUGAGGUGGACACGCAUCAGAAGGAAGGAUUGAAGAAUUCUGAGCAAUUUCGUGCAUUGCAAGAAUCUCACAAAAGUCUGGAGGCAGUUAGAGAUCAACUCACGUCAAAGGUGAAUGCCCUUCAGGGUCAGCAGAAGAAGCUUCAGGAUCGCAAUGAGGAGCUUGAAUUGAAGAUUAAGAAUCGCGAUGUGGAGCUGGGACGGCAGAGUCGAGAGCUAGAGAUGGCGAAGAGAGACAUGAAGGCUUUGGCCAUGGAGAAGGGAACCCUGGAGCGGAAACUGCUGAAGAGUCAGGAGGAUCAUGAGAGUACCAAGCAGAGCCUUGUUAGUGCCCAUGAGCGUGAAAGGGAAAUGCGGGAGAGGACACGCCUUGAGAAGGAAGCUCUGGAGAAGCAGGUGAAACAGCUGAGGAAGCAACGUUUGAAUCUCAUUCAAGCCUACAAGCAGCAAGUUCUGCUCCUGGACAAUCUCAAAAGACAAAUUGUCUGUCUGGAGGAGGCAAAACUCAUUGACAUUGCAGAGAAGGAAUUCUUAAAAAUUCUCGACUGGGGCAAGUAA